AUGUCUCUUUCUAAGACCUCUAAUUCUCACCGCCUGUUUCCUUUAACCAAACUCAAAAACUUCAAUCAGAGCAACAACAAAAAAAAAGAAAAAAAGACGCUGUUUAACGAUCUGGAGCUCUUGGGUUUUCAAUUUCGGAUCUUGGAAAACAACAAAUCCAAUUCCGCCUGUGCGUGCGCAAUUGAGUUGCAGGUAGAAUUUCGGAGAUGUACGGCAGAAAGGCUUGCCAACUGGUGAAAGAACUUGCAACUGGAGAGAAAGAGCAACUUACCCCGUUCAAUAGUGACCAACUUGAUCAAGUAAUUGCAGAAUGUAGUCAACAUUAUUCUGAGCUUCAAGCCUUGAUAAGGAAUAUGCAGGAAAAAGGAUUGGAUGUCCAAACAACUAAAAACGAAGACCACUUUGGGGCACUUGUCCACCACCUUUCUUUAGUUCGCAACAAACGGUGCCUAAUGUCAUAUCUGUAUAAACGAGCUGAAAUUCUUCGAAAUCUGAUUUGGAAGGUGGGGACCAUGCUUCCACAAGAAAUUCAAGAGAAGUUGAGUCAUUUCGAGGAAGAAUAUUUCAAGAAACAUUCUGCAUCUUUGAAAUCAUAUAUGUCAAGAAUCGAUCUCGACUUGGCUGUGGACAUGGUGCCGCCAAAAGAUCCUUACAUUCAGGUGAGAGUCCUCGAUGAUAUCGGUGAAGGAAUAGUACUAAGUGAUGAUAAGACAGCCAAUUUUACUUGUCAUUCAAUGCAUUUUCUUAAAAGAACGGAUGCUGAACAGUUCAUCUCAAGGGGCUUGAUGGAGGAGCUCACAGGUUGACACGAGUCUCGCUGCUAAUUGUUCUCGUACCAUUCCAUCACGUUGAAAUUUGGGGGUGAUGAAUAAUUUAUUCGUCAUCUUCUUUUCUUGCUAAGCUGUUUCUUAAAGAGUGAUAAAAAACAAAAAAAUUAUUGUAUUUGAUUUCGCCCUAGAAACAGCGUAUAACAUGAACAAGAUGGGAAAAUUUACUUUUUAACCAGUUGAGAUGGUACUUUCUAAGGGCCCGUUUGGUAUAUAGGUUCAACUAAAAUUCUUGAUUAUGACUCUUGAAA